AUGCUUACCACAAGUGCCUUGCUAUACCUGCCUGCCAUUCUGACCUUUAUUGGGAUCCUGGGUCUGGAGUCAGUGCAGUGCUGGGUUGGGAUUCCAUUUGUCAUGUACCUCAUUGCUUUGCUGGGAAAUUCUUUACUUUUGACCAUCAUUAAAACUGAACCUAGUCUCCAUGAGCCCAUGUAUGUCUUCCUGACCAUGUUGGGGGCCACAGACAUUGUUCUUAGCACCAGCAUUGUCCCCAAGAUGCUUGGAAUGUUUUGGUUCCACUUGCCAGAAGUCUAUUUUGAUGUUUGCCUCUUAAAGAUGUGGCUCAUCCACACAUUUCAGGGUAUUGAAUCAGGAGUCCUACUGGCCAUGGCCUUUGAUCGUUUUACUGCCAUCUGCAAUCCUCUGAGAUAUGUUUCCAUCCUCACCAAUACCAGAAUCAUCCACAUUGGUGUGGCUAUACUAGGGAGGAACUUUUUGUUAUUGAAGUUCUUCCAUUACUGCCGCCCCCACAUCCUCUCCCAUUCUUUCUGCCUGCACCAGGACCUGCUCAGGCUGGCCUGCUCUGACAUCCGCUUCAACAGCUUCUAUGCCCUGGCCCUGGUAAUUUGCACCUUGUUGUUGGAUGCUGUCCUCAUCCUCAUAUCCUACAUUUUGAUCUUGCACUCAGUUUUGACUAUUGCAUCUCGGGAGGAGCGAAUCAAGUCCUUGGAGCCCAAUGCUAUAAUUUAG